UGGGCUAAAAACCAAAAGGUUUUGAUCAAAAACCACCAAUGGGAAAUGGUAUGCGUAAAUAUUCAAGUUGCGAUGACUACUACAAAAGACGCAGGAAAAAUAACGACGGUGGUGCCAAUUUUACAAAGGACUAUUGCGAGUAUUGGAAAACCGACAAAAAAGGAGUAAAAGAUGAUAACUUUGCAAUCGAACGCAAUGAAUUCUCAUUUUCUAAUAAUUGUGCAUAUGACUCUCCUCUUCGAAACAGCCGAAAGCAACCAACAUCAUUCAUUUCAUCGUUUGAUAAUUCGAACAACUUCUCUAAAAAUCUGGGAAGAAGAUAAUCAAUUUUCUUCCAUUUUUACUAUGUUUUUGUGAUUUCAUUACAUUGUGAUCCCAUUCAACAUUUCCUAUUUUUUCCAUUUCUACUUCCAAUUGUUUCCUAUAUUCGCAUCGUAUUGGUAAUGGAUUUUGAUAUAUUCUAUUAUUUUCUUUUGAAUGGGAAAAUAUAAACUAAGUUUUCCAUGGAGGUAAGAAAAUGUCAACCUUCGUGCCUACAAAACUGGCGACGCCAGUUUGUCAGGUACCUAGAAAGGAAGAAUUUAAUAGAGUACAUCAAAAUCUUCUAAAACAUUUCCCUUUUUUCAAAUCAUAUGUACAUGCCACUUCUCAAGUAUCCUUCAUUUGUUUCAAAAGUCCCAAAUUGAUAUCUGAAAAUUUAAAAAUAAAAAUUUUAAAGUAGAA